CAGGAACCUCGGGAAGUCAGGUCUACGUGUUUCCUGCCUCGGGUUAGGCACCUGGGUGACGUUUGGAUCACAGAUAUCUGACGAGAUGGCGGAGAACCUGAUGACUGUGGCCUACGAGAACGGGGUCAACCUGUUUGACACGGCAGAGGUUUAUGCAUCUGGAAGAGCAGAGAUCACUCUGGGGAACAUCAUUAAGAAGAAAGGAUGGAGACGCUCGAGUUUCGUCAUCACAACAAAGAUCUACUGGGGAGGCCAAGCAGAGACAGAGCGAGGACUGUCCAGAAAACACAUUAUUGAAGGUUUAAGAGGAUCCUUAUCGAGACUGCAGCUUGAUUACGUGGAUAUUGUUUUUGCCAAUAGAAAUGAUGUCAACAGUCCAAUGGAGGAGAUCGUGCGUGCUAUGACGUUUGUGAUCAACCAGGGCAUGGCCAUGUACUGGGGCACCUCACGUUGGAGUGCCAUGGAAAUCAUGGAGGCCUACUCGGUGGCUCGACAGUUCAAUCUGAUACCACCUGUGUGUGAGCAGGCAGAGUAUCACUACUUUCAGAGGGAUAAAGUGGAGGUGCAGCUUCCUGAGCUCUACCACAAGAUCGGGGUUGGAGCAAUGACGUGGUCUCCCUUGGCCUGUGGAUUAAUCACAGGGAAGUACAGCGACGGAGUACCAGAGUGCUCCAGAGCAGCAAUGAAGGGAUACCAGUGGCUGAGAGAGCGAGUGAACAGCGAGGAGGGGCGCAGGCAGCUGGCUAAAAUCAAAGAGCUCCACCUACUGGCAGACAGACUGGGCUGCACCGCCGCACAGUUGGCCAUUGCCUGGUGUCUUCGUAGCGAGGGAGUCAGUUCGGUGCUUCUGGGUGUUUCAAACACAGAUCAGCUACUGGAGAACCUUGGAGCCCUCCGGAUUUUAUCCCAAAUGACGCCGCAAACUGUCAGCGAGAUGGACGGCGUGCUGGGAAACAAACCACACUUGAAGAAGGAGUCUCGCGCUUGAGCAUCCCUGAAAACGAUCAAGCUUUUUUCUCUGCUGUAUACUCAACAACUUGCAUGUCCUCAGCAACAUUAUGCUUCCAGAACGAGCGCAUAAACCACUGUGCGCAGUACAAUGUAUCAUGUAUGGAUUAAAAAAAAAAUAUCUCUACAAAAACAGGUCAUAUUAACGCUCAGUGACAGUAGAGGUGGCCUCAGGCUAUAAAAGUAGCUGCUUGCAAAAAGCUAAGAAAAAGACGACGGCUGUGCUAAAAUGACUGUGUUAGUGGUGCGUUCACUGCACGCGGGAGUCUCCAGACCCUUUACUGCCUGAACUGUAGUAGCAGCAACAGCAGCGUCAAAAGGGGUCAAAGGUUAGUAAUCAUGCGUCAAGCCCAACAUUUCCCAUGGUGUGCAUGUGACUGGUCGGGAACUGCUGUUCACAGUGGAUCACUUGUGAAGUUUCAAAAAAAUAAUAAUAAUAAAAUUUAAAAAAAAGACAUCACAUGCUUUAUAGAAAUAGGCCGACGACUCAGAGGUAUGAAAAAAAAUGCACUAAAGGAGAUGAGAUUAUAAAGUUUACAAGUUUGGCUGAGAAUCCCUGCUCUUAAUGAAAAUGAAUGCAUUUUUAAAAAAAAAAAAGAAAAGAUGACAAGUAUUUUCAUGCAUUUUGCUUUUAUUUUUAAUGAACUGUACAGCAGGCUGGGGGUUGGGAGGGGUAGGGGGUUACAAUCUUAUUCACCAAACCUGCUGUUGCCCCCUUGUUCCUAAACUGUGCGCAUGUCCCUUUAAGAAAGGAAAGCCCCCCCACAACCCCAACAGGGUGUAUAAUGUGGCAUGGCUUUGAAUGGUAUGUAGAUUUGCAGUGCCCUUGUAAGCCUGGUAUUACGGUAAAUGAUCAGGAGAGCAUCUUUAAAUGACAAUUGGGAGUACAAGGACUGAUCACAUGGGGGGGUGGGAGAUUCAGAAAAUAUAUGUUGUUGUUUUUUAAAUACUGAAGUCGUUUUCAUUGCUUCUUUGAUCAUAUCUCUGGGAAUUGUCUGUUUUGUUCCUUUGUUUGUAAAAAAUUUGUUUUUUUUCCUUUCCCUUCUUGGAAGAGUGGGGUGAGGGAGGGAAGCGAUGUUCCUUCUGUUAUUCUCCAUGAAACAAAAUACAUGUGGGGGAGUUUUGAGGACUUGUUUGGGUCGGCACACCAAACGUGUAUAUAGUUUGUCAGCGAGAUAUCCUGUAAAAGGCAUUGUUUAGGAAACAUGAAGGACAUCCCCUUUGUUACUCUGUGAUCUGAGUGUUGCGUCCAGUGUACACGAACGUUUCAAUCCAACCUAUGAACAUGUAAACUUUGCCUGCAUACCUUCUAUUUUACUGUCUUGCAACAAGGAGAACAUGUGAAAAGAGGCAACAAUCCAUGCUGAAUGUACCGUGUCUGUUGCUGCGUCUAAAGGGAAAGCACAUUACAUGACUUAAAGAGAGCUCUGCUCUGUUUUGUUUUUCUUAUGCAAACAUUUCUAUUAUCAUAAUGAUUCAUGCACACACACACACCAUCCUAUUAUUUCAUAGUUCAGGUUAAAAAAAAGAAAAAGAAGCUGCGUACACCCCAGUGCUCAAGAAGUACAGGAAAAGAAGGUAAGCCACUGGUAUUCUUUUUUGAGUCCUCUUCUCUUGAUGUUUUAUUGCUGGAGUUGUGUUGAAUUGUGCUUGAGAAAAUGUGAAAAACACAACAUAGAUGUUUGUCUUCAAGAGAAAUUCACAUUUCCAGCAGCUUUACAAGGGUGGGAACACCGGCGCGUGCAAGGUUUAAAAAAACAAACAAAUAAAAUGUAUCAAACAUAUCGUAGUACGCUUAAGAAAAUACCCAUGACAUGCACACACUGAAGAUCAGAAAACACAGGCUGUGGUGUCUAUGUGCUUAAAAAAAUCGAUUCAUACCCGAAUUUUUUUAUUUAUCUAUUCCAAUUCCAAAAUUAUUCAUAAUUUUCAAAAAACUACCAAAAUUUUCUGGACUAUAAGCCGCUACUUUUUUCCCAAGGUUUAAAUCCUGCGGCCG